UAAAAGAAAAUCAAACAAACAAACACAUAAAAGUAAUCACUUUUUCUUUAUCAUCGCUUUUUGAUUAAUCCAAAAAAUUGUUGGAAAAAAUUAUUCAACAGUUAGUAGUUUAAUUUACCGAGAAAAAGACAAUGAGAGAUGAAGAAAUUUGUCGAUAUUGAGCCCAUGAAAAUGAAUCCCACGAUUCAUAAAAACAGCGUUAAGCACACAAUUUACAAGAAUGAUAAGAAAAACAGCUUUUGCGAGUUAUCUUUGUCUCUCUUCUUCUCAUUUUGGUGUGUAGUUUUCUUGUUCUAUACUAAAUUUGGACUCACCCGCGGCAACGAAGGGAGUCUGAAUGCCUAUAACCGGAGUAUUACUAACUCUAGUAUCUGCAAUGAGAAGUUAUUAUGCAAUUGCGCUGUUCCUAUUACAGAAAUCGCAAAUAACAAUCAAACAAGUGGGGUUUUCAUGGAGGUGAAUGUGUCUGUGACCUUAAAUGAUUCCACUUCCUAUGAUAACUAUCCAAAUCUGGAAUACUCAGUACGGGAAUCAAGUGGAUUAGAGGAAGUAUUGUCACUUGUAUUAGGUUAUGAAUCUUCUGUUUGUCAAGUACGACCGCAAGAAGAUUAUAUGAAAACUGAAAAAGAACAGCGACAAAAUGGGAGAAUCCCAUUAACUUAUCCUAAUCUAGACGAGUUCAAGUAUAUUUCAAGUCAAGAGAAAAGUGCGAGUACGCCAAGCCAGCUAGUAAAUCUCACACACAGGCUCGAGUCGGAUGGAACACCGUACAACUAUGCCUCAGCUUCCAAGGGUGCAAAAGUGGUGGCUCAUAACAAGGAAGCAAAGGGAGCGAGCAAUGUAUUGGGAAAGGAUCAUGAUAAGUAUCUCAGGAACCCGUGUUCCGUUGGGGGCAAGUUCUUUAUAAUUGAGCUUGCGGAUGAAACUUUGGUUGAUGCUGUCAAAAUUGCGAAUUUUGAGCAUUAUUCUUCUAAUUUUAAAGAUUUUGAGUUAUCAGGGAGUUUGGUGUAUCCAACUGAGACAUGGAAUUCCUUAGGGACAUUUGUUGCUGGAAAUGUCAAGCAUGCUCAAUGCUUUAAGCUGCCUGAACCAAAAUGGGUUAGAUAUUUGAAGGUGGAUUUACUGAGUCAUUAUGGGUCAGAAUUUUACUGCACGUUAAGUGUUGUAGAGGUGUAUGGAGUUGAUGCAAUUGAACAUAUGCUUGAGGAUCUUAUCACUACUUCCGGAGAGUCUUCUGCUGUCCGAUCGCCAAAGCCUAAUUCGACUGCCAUGACAGUGAUACUGCCAGAACCAGGCCCCAGCAAGCGUGAAGCAGACGAUGUUGCUCAUAACUUGAGUGAUGCCGUCAAUAAGGGAAUAGAAAAUGCUCCCGAGGGACAGAAGCCUAAUGCAGAUCCUAAGAAACCAACCACUAGCAGCAUGCCGGAUCCCUUAGUGAAGGGUAGGCAACAACCAAAUGGCAGAUUGCAUGCAGAUGCUGCUCUAAAGAUAUUGUUGCAGAGGGUCAGAUCUCUCGAGUUGAACUUGUCAGUGCUCGAGGAGUACAUCAAAGAACUCAACAAAAGGCAGGAGGAUGUUCUUCCCGAACUUGACAAAGAGGUAGUGAAAUUUACAGCUCUUCUGGAGAAAAGCAAAUUGGAGAUCAAGAAUCUCUUGGAAUGGAAAAAAAUAGUGGAGAAAAAAAAUGCUGACCUUGAAACCUGGAAAGCUUUUGUCUCGUCCCGAAUGGAUCUUUUGGUCAGAGAAAAUAGCAUACUGAGGUUUGUAUUAUCAUAUAUUGCUACCUAAUCUAAUUGGUUAUUUUACUUAAUUAUCAGUUACGAUUUAACUAUUUCUACAUUUCAUUGAGCUCAAAGUAAGCAUUUUUUUAUUUACUGAGAGUCCUACAUAAUGUGUGGAUAAAAAGUUUGACUAAAUUAUGAGCUUUUCCAAUGGUUAAUGAAAUUAAAUUAAGAAAAAUCUACGGAGUCACUAUUUUCAUCCAUCAUUCUUAAAUAUCUAUCCACUGUUAAAAUUUUUUCUCUAUUACAUUUUUUAACCUUAUGUAAAUUUACUUAAAUAGACAAGAAUAAAACCAAAUUAGAUCUCUCUCUCUCUCUCUCUCUGAAUACAUCCACUAAUGUUUAUCCUCGUUAAAUACUUUUGAACCUUCAAGAUAAUGAUCGAUUCUCACAAUAGUUAUGCACACACACACACACACACACACACACAAAGGAAUUAUUGAUUAAUUGAAAUCCUACCUAACAAACUUCAAAAGGGAACUUUUCUGUCUCUAGAAACAGGGUUGUGUUGUGCUUCUUCUUUUCUCUUUCUUCUGAUUUCUCUCUCCCUCUAAAUAUGCAUAUUGAAAUGUGAGAUGAGCACAGAGGGACACUUUCAAGUGAGAGGGAGGAUUUUUAUUCCAUGGAAAAAUUAAAAUAGCCCUCCAAAAAAUAUUGUAUGUAUAGAUAUAACAAGAAUUUAUUUCGUAAUUACCUUUCUUAAUUUAAUUAACAAUGAUACAUUCUUGCCAUGUUUGUGAUUUGUUUAAGUUAUAAUGAAUUUUAGCAUUUUUUAAUGAUAAAACAUUGUUAAACCUUGUGGAUAUACAGUGUUUAAAUAAAUGAAUAUAAUAAGUGUAAUAUUGGAAUGUAAUGAGGAUGGAUAUAGUACUUUUUUAAAAUUUUAAUAGGGAAAGAUUUUAAGCAGGAUAAAUAUAUAUAAAUGGUGUGGAUAUAUAGUGUUUAAUGACUGAAUUUAAUUAUGAUAAUGUUGGAAUGUAAUGUGGAUGAAUAUAGUACUUUUUUAAAAUUUUUAAAUUUUAGCAGGGAUAGAUAUAUAAGUGGAUGAAAAUAGCGAUUCCCAAAAUCUAUUGUGCAAACCCUUUCAACAAAAGUCAAUGAGGUUAACAUCUAUACUUUAUCAAGUGUAUGUAUAACCAUCAAACUCACAGGCAAACUGUGCUUCAAAUGGUAAAUGGCUGUAUGACGAACAGAAAUUGGGUCCCACCUCAUAGAGUGAGUGUAGAAAAAUGA